AUGGACAUGUAUAAUUUACGUCGGGACACGCGGAUGUUGAUAUCCAUCCUCGUUUACAUGCUACAUACAUCGGCUCGUCGUUUGAUUACUCUCAGCAGGACACAUCAUCUCAAAUUGAUUGGAACAGAGGGCGCAAUCAAGAGGAUUCCACAAGAGCUGUGCAGUCCACAAUCAAGAUUAACACCGUCCGCGGCACAUCAAAGCUCGUGA